GGGCGCAGGCGGCGGCGGGGCCGAGGCGCCUGCGGGGCUGGCGAUGGCGCGGACGGCGGGAGAGAGGGGCCGGGGCCGGGCCGGGUGGUGCGGGCGGCACCCGCGCUGCGGGCGGGGCGUGCUCCUCGCCUUCGCCGCGUGGACCGCGGGCUGGGUGCUGGCGGCCGCGCUGCUGCUCCGCGCGCACCCGAGCGUCCUCUCCGAGCGCUGCACAGACGAGAAGAGCCGGCGCAUCCUGGCCGCGCUGUGCAGGGACUACCGGCGCGGUGUGCUGGCUGGGGACCUGUGCGUGGACCUGUGCGUGGCGGGAAAGCUGCUCUUCCGACGCUGCCUGCAUCACAACAGGGGCAAGAAGGUGCUGCAGGCCGACUGGCGGGGCCGGCCUGUAGUCCUCAAGUCCAAGGAGGAGGCCUUCUCCAGCUUCCCACCCCUCGGCCUGUUGGAAGAAGAGGCAGGGGAGGGUGGCCAGGACGUACCUGAGGCGGAACUCCUCCUGAUGGUGGCCGGGGAGGUCAAGAGCGUCCUGGGCCUGGAGCUGUCCAACAGCAGCCUGGGGCCGUGGUGGCCGGGCAGGCGGGGGCCACGCUGGCGGGGACAGCUGGCCAGCCUGUGGGCCCUGCUGCAGCAGGAGGAGUACGUCUACUUCAGCCUGCUUCAGGACCUCAGCCCCCACGUGCUGCCCGUGCUGGGCUCCUGCGGCCACUUCUACGCUGUGGAGUUCCUGGCUGCGGGCAGCCCCCACCACCGGGCUCUCUUCCCCCUGGACCGGGCUCCGGGUGUCCCUGGGGGUGGCCAGGCCAAGGCCAUCAGCGACAUUGCGCUCAGCUUCUUGGACAUGGUGAACCAUUUUGACAGCGACUUUUCCCACCGCCUCCACCUCUGCGACAUCAAGCCAGAAAACUUUGCCAUCCGGAGUGACUUCACAGUGGUGGCUAUUGAUGUGGACAUGGCCUUUUUUGAACCUAAAAUGAGGGAAAUCCUUGAACAGAAUUGCACAGGAGAUGAAGACUGCAAUUUCUUUGACUGUUUUUCAAGAUGUGAUUUGCGAGUCAACAAGUGUGGAGCACAGCGCGUCAACAACAACCUGCAGGUCAUCUGUGACAAAAUAUUUCGCCAUUGGUUUUCCGCACCUCUCAAGAGCUCUGCAGUCUCUUUCCAGCUUCAGCUGCAGUUACAGGAGGCGGUGCAGGAAUGUGCAGACCCUGUGGUUUCCAGCGGGAACACCCAGAGAGCAGCCCCCAGCAUGUUCUGGAAGCUUCGCAGACUCCUCCAAGCCACACUGAGGGAGCUGCAGGAGGCAGAGGAGUAGACAAUUUCUGGCCUUAAACAAGCCCACACAGGAAAAAAGAGACCUUGAUGGAUUUCUUCUGUCAUCGUUUUAAAGAUGAGCCAUUUCCCUGUGCAAACCAGUGAUCUCUGGGGUGCUGUUCUGGCCUCCACGGUGUGGAGUGCCAAGUGCUGCUGCCAGAGACGUGCCUCCUUUGCUCUGGUCCUGCCCUGGCCUCUGACCUGUUGCCUGGUGUAAAAUGCGAUGAGGGAGGGGAUGGGGUACAGAGCAUUUUACUUCAGGGCUCUCUGUCAGAAGACACGAACCUGUGUGCAGUUGCUCAAUGCAGAGAGAACUUGCACCUGGUUUUCCCGGCAGAGUUCCAGCUGCUCCUCUGUCAAGUGUUACCACAUUAAAGUGUGUGUGCACGCAAAUAAACGUGUAUGCCUGUGCCUGGGUGCAGAUGAGCAUGUGAGCAUGUGUGAGUGUGCACACAUGUGCCCAUGAGUGUCUGCCUGUGUGUGUGCACAGGUGAGUGUGCUCAUGAGGCAUACGUGUGCCUGUGUGAAUGUGUAUACGAGUGUGAAUGGGUGUGUGCACAUGAGUGCACAGGUGUCAGCAUGUGUAUAAGUGUAGGCACAUGUACAUGACUCUGAGUGUGAGCAGCUGAGUGUGUUCGGGAUGCGUGUUAGGGUGGGAAGUGGUGCUUUCUCUAGUAUGUCCUCUGGAACAGCUUGUCUACCUAGUAAAGAAGUGUCACCUUUCUUUGGGAAUACAAUUUUAAAAAAUACAUUUUUAAGGAAUGUAAUUUGCAUUGCAGAGAGUGUGUAAUGGCUGGCAGCUUACAGUAUUUUUCAUUUUGUGGAAUCCACCAAGGUUAUGGAUGGGGCUUUCGGGAGCCACGUAUUGUACACACCGUCCCCUGAGCAGGAAUUGUAGGUUGGCUUGAUGUAGUGCUGUCUUCCCACUCGAGAGAAAUUUAAAGUAGAGUGAAUGCUGAGGUCAGCAUUGGCUCCAGGCAGGACCAGAGACCCGCAUCUUUCUUUUGUGGAUUGAAGAUCUAGUGAUAGGCAUCAACUCAUCCUGCAGCAUGAUAGGCUCAUCAGUGGUGAUCUCAAGGAAGCUUUUCCAGCAGAAGACAGACGGGGCAUGGCCAUGUGGAGCCAGUGAGCUUUCACUUAAAGGGACCUGGUUUCUACUUAUACCUGUGACCCACAAGUGCUCAACAAACCAACUGAUCACCCCUUUUAGGAAUCCCGUGAAAAGGGAAAUUGAGAAAGAUGAGAGAAUCCGGAAAUCAUGUUGGCGGGUUAUACAUUGGAGAAGACAUAUUAAUCUGACGUUUUAAAAGUCACAAAUUGACACAUUACAAAUGAUCUCUUAUCCUGGCCUGCAACCCCUUUCUAAACCUGAGAAAGGGGAGUGCCUUCUGCCGUACUUUGGGAUCCCCUUUACUGGCUCUGCCCCUCAGGGCACUCUGAGAAGUGAUGUGUGGGACUAGGUUGAUCAGAGGCCGCAGCUGUACAUUCUGCCUUCUCCAAGGGCCUGUUAGAAGGCCCGCAGCCGGCUGCUGUUCUUAUCCAUCACCACUGGGGAUCUUCCAAAUGACACCGAGUUCCACAGAGGGCCUCCUCUCCUCACGGACAGGAAGACUGGCUUUGCAGUUGUAUUUCUAUCAAGAAGAAAAAAAAAACCACGUCAGCCACCCUGUGGCACAAGUAAAUUAAAACCAAAGUUCCAGGGC